AUGGGUCAAAUUCCCAAAGAGAUUGGUUCUUUGAGAAAUUUGAAUGAACUUUUGUUAGCGGGAAGCAAUCUGAAUGGGAACAUCCCUUCAACUAUUGGAGGAAUAGAGAGACUUCAAAGAUUACAUUUGAGUGCUAACAACUUUCACGGAUCGAUUCCAAGUGAGAUUUGCCUUCUGAGAAACUUGGGAGAAAUUUAUCUCCAGGAAAAUAAGCUUUCUGGAUCAAUUCCGAGUUGCAUAACAAAGCUUAGUAGUUUGCAAGUGAUGGACAUUAGUUCCAACAAACUGACCUUAAUACCCUCGAGUUUAUGGAACCUUGAAAAUCUGAGGCUCUUGAAUUUAUCAUUCAAUUCAUUAAAUGGAAGCCUAGAUCCACACAAAGCCCUUGAAGUAUUGGAAAGCAUGGAUUUAUCUUGGAAUCAAAUCUCAGGAAACAUACCAAGAAUUAUUGGGUCCUUCCAAAGACUAGCUUCUCUGAACCUAUCAAGGAAUUCAUUCUCAGGACCCAUUCCAAACUCAAUAGGAAAUUUGGUAGCAUUAGAUUUCUUGGAUCUUUCUCUCAACAAUUUGUCUGGACCAAUACCCAAGUCUCUCGACGCACUUUCACAUCUCAAAUUCUUAAAUUUAUCUUGCAAUAAGCUAUUAGGGGAGAUUCCAAGCAAAGGACCUUUCACAAAUCUCACAGCACUUUCUUUCAUAGGGAACGAAGAACUUUGUGGCGACCCGAUUUUGCAAGUACAACCUUGCCCAAACCAAAGUUCCCAAAGGUUGAGGGCAAAAGAUGUUGUGCUUCGAUACAUUGUUCCCGCCAUUGCAUUGCUAGUAAUAUUUUCUUCUCUUCUAUGGAUUGUGAAAAGGCAUCACAGAAAGAAUGUUCGUAGUCAGCAUUCAAAUGAUUUAUUGGCAACAAUAAAGCACAAAAAGAUUUCAUAUCAGGAGCUCCAGAGAGCAACAACUAACUUCUGUGAAGCCAACUUGCUUGGAGUAGGAAGCUAUGGUUCUGUGUACAAAGGCAUACUGUCAGAUGGGACAAUCGUCGCUAUUAAAAUUCUAAACUUGCAAGUUGAGGGAGCUUUUAGAAGUUUCGAUACAGAGUGUGAAGUAUUGCGAACAAUGCGUCAUAGAAAUCUUGUUAGAGUCAUAACUACAUGCUCAAAUCCUGAGUUAAGAGCUUUGGUUUUGCAAUACAUGUCUAAUGGAAGCCUUGAUAAGUGGUUGUAUUCUAAUAACUAUUGUCUUAAUCUCUUUCAAAGGGUAAGUAUCAUGAUAUAUGUGGCAUUAGCUUUGGAAUAUCUCCAUGAUGGUCAAUCAGAGCCUGUGGUUCACUGUGAUUUGAAACCUAGCAAUGUCCUUCUAGACGAAGAUAUUAUUGCACAUGUUGCUGACUUCAGUAUUGCAAAAAUUUUAGCCGAAAACAAGACUGCCGCACAAACCAACACUUUAGGCACACUUGGCUACAUUGCACCAGAGUGCGGCUUUGAAGGAAGAGUGUCGACAAGCGGUGAUAUAUAUAGUUAUGGGAUAAUGCUUUUGGAGACAUUUACAAGAAAGAAACCGACAGAUGAAAUGUUCACCGAAGAGAUGAGUUUAAGGCAAUGGGUGAGCACAUUGCUUCCGGAUGAAGUUAUGGAAGUAGUGGAUAGUGGAUUAUUGAGGACACAAAAUGCAGGAGACAUGGUUGCUACCCAAAGCAAUCUUAUUGCUAUUUUGGAGUUGGGUUUGGAGUGUUGCAGAGAAUUAGUAGCAGAGAGAAUUCAAAUUAAAGAAGUACUAGGCAAGUUGAACAAGAUCAAAAGGCAACUCCUUCAAAAGCAAAGUGUUUGACAGGUGUGUUUUUGUCUGUGCAUACUGGUGUCUCUAUGUAUGUGUUAUCUUCUGAAGCACUUGGUUUGGUUAGUGCUUUGUUUCAAUUGUUCUAUCUCACUCUUGUGACUGGGUUGGCAUUUUCAAGGAUAUUGUGUUAUUUGGCUCUUGGAUCUCUCUAUGUAUGUGUAUCAUUUAUUUUUUCUGCAAUGUCAUACAAAUUUGCUUGUCUCUUAUUAUAUUAAGAAUAACAUAAUCUUAACAAAUUUGCUAUCACGUUGGACCUCCAAAAUUAGUACAAAAUCAGGGCCUCCAAAUAUUUUCAACACUCAUACACGACCAAAAUUAAAAUAUUUCAGCAACUAAAGAAAGAAAUGA